CAAACACCCACGCACGUCCCCCCUCCUCUCCAUCUUUCCACAUUUGGGAAAAAAAGGGGGUGACAAAAUCUCUCUCUUCAAAUUUCAACAAAGGGGGGAAAAAAAAAGUGACCAUGGAAAGCCGCAGGUUGGUGCUGUGCUCCUUGAUGGUUCACCUGGCAGUUGCUGGAAAUUCCACCAGAAUAGACGACGACCCAUUUUACUACGAUUACAAGACGCUGCGGAUCGGGGGGCUGGUCUUUGCUGUCGUGCUCUUCGCUCUGGGAAUCCUGCUCAUCCUGAGUCGCAAAUGUCGGUGCAACUUCAACCAGAAAGCCAGACCUCAGGGCGAUGAAGAAGCUCAGGCAGAGACACUGAUCACCAACAAGGCGACAGCAACGGAAACCGCAGCCAAAGCAGAGAAUUAUCCUUCGCUACGCACGUGCUUAUCCCGGUACAACAGGCACACAAACACACGCACACACACUCACACACACUCACACACGCGUGUACACGCACACCCACAUAUAACGCACGCGCCAGUGUUACUUGGUUGCCACGGGGAUGGGAGAACCCUCACACAGGCUGAGUCGUCACAGAAACCGAUGGGUGUGUUUUUUCCUCCUUCCUCGUCUUCGGUCGAAGACUAUGAGACGAUCAGGAAGGCCGGACUGAUCUUCGCUGCGGUGGCUUUCUGCAUCGGCGUCUUCAUCAUCAUGAGUAAGAAGCUUCGAUGUGGAGGCAAACCAGCGGCAAGGUCACCCCUAGAUGCGAAGGUGUAAAACAUGGCGAGCCUUGGCUCGUUCCCGCUGGACUGGAGUUGGGAGUCGGUGGGUUUCUCGCGCUGGAGGAGGGCAGUAAAUAAAGACUAUAUACUACUACUA